CUCAUAACUAAGAUGAAGUCCUUAAAAAGGUCUAACCCAAUAGCCUGCAGUGUAGCGUCGCUAAAAUCUCUGUUUCCCAUCCCCUCAUCUCUCCUGCCUUCAAUGGCUGGAAGCCCUCAAUAAUCUUCGUAAUUUCCUCCACAAUUGCUUGGUCUAGGGACAGCUUGUGGUUUCCGUAAUUCCCGAUUUGUACCAUGGAUUUGUGUCAUGGUAGAAUGACAGUAUUCCAUCCCAGAGUGGAGGCCUUCAUGGUUUCUUAUUGCCCCAGAUCACAAUUUCUUGAAUUUAACCUCUACCCACGUCUCAGUUGGCUUGAUUCUUUUCAGCAUAGAGGUAGUAAACUUAGGCUUGAACUGAACUCUGUCAUUACAUCAAGAAUGUUGCAGCAACCACAUGCCUUGGUCAUCGCAAAUGAGUAUCCACAAAAUGCUGAUUUUCCUCGAAAUUAUUCGAGAAAGGAGAAAAAGCCCUUUCCAGUACCCAUUGUUGAAUUGAGACGAGCUGCAAGGGAGAGGCUCAAGAACAGGAAAGGCCGGCCUAAAGGACAAGCUCCUCCUCCAAAGAACGGCGUUGUUGUUAAGAGCCUCAUACCACUUGCUUAUGAUGUGUUUAAUGCGAGGAUUAUCAUGAUUAACAAUCUCAAGAAAUUGUUGAAAGUGGUGCCUGUGCAUGCUUGUGGGUGGUGUAAUGAAAUCCAUGUGGGACCUGUAGGACAUCCAUUCAAGUCAUGUAAAGGUAAAUACGCUACGCUUCGGAAGGGCCUUCAUGAGUGGACAAAUGCAACUAUUGAAGAUGUAUUUGUUCCUAUAGAAGCCUACCACCUUUUUGACCGCCUUGGAAAGCGUAUUCCUCACGAGGAGAGAUUUUCAAUCCCCCGAAUUCCUGCUGUAGUUGAGCUCUGCAUCCAAGCAGGCGUGAAUAUUUCUGAAUAUCCCACAAAAAGGAGAAGAAAACCAAUCAUUCGGAUCAGUAAAAGUGAAUUUGUUGAUGCAGAUGAAAGUGACCUACCAGACCCUGUCCCAGAAGUUCCUGGAAAGCCACUAUUAACUGAAAUACCCAACUCAGAAAUUAAAGCCCCAUCUAAUGGAGAAGAAAUCAAAUUUCUUGCUGAGGAAACAGUACGAGCAUGGGAGAAGAUGAGGAAAGGAGCCAAGAGGCUAAUGAAGAUGUACCCGGUGAGAGUAUGUGGAUAUUGCCCAGAGGUGCAUGUAGGACCCAGUGGACACAAAGCACAGAACUGUGGAGCCCACAAGCACCAACAAAGAAACGGACAACAUGGUUGGCAGGCUGCAGUGCUUGACGACUUGAUAACACCAAGAUACGUGUGGCAUGUUCCCGAUGUAAAUGGGUCACCAUUGCAAAGGGAGCUUAGGAAUUUUUAUGGACAAGCUCCUGCCAUUGUGGAAAUUUGCAUUCAGGCUGGUGCAAAUGUGCCAGAGGAAUACAAAUCAACCAUGAGGUUGGAUAUUGGAAUCCCCUCCAGUGUUAGAGAAGCUGAAAUGGUUGUUUGAGGUAAUUAAUUUCACUUCUUUCGAAAUGAAUUGUGAAGUGUAUGUAGAAUUUUGGAAGGAAAGACAAUGUAUAUCCUUUUAGAAAAUUUACCAGGUUUAGCCGUCCUGAGAGGCUCUUCAAAACUAUGGUUUCUCUUAUCCUGAUUUAAUUGCCGCUUUUGCUAAUGUUUCCCUGUUUUUAUAUGAUAAUGAAAAAUGAUUUGAUUGAAA